ACUGUCCCAUCAACGUCCGGUGGCAAAUUGACGGGUGUCGGCUGAUUUGGAGCUUCUUCUUCGCCGUUUACAGCGUUUCUUGGGCGUCGCAAGGUCCCCCACACGGCUCGGCCGCACAGCAACAUGGAUCCACCGUCCCCACUGCCUGCAGUCGAGGCUCCUUUUUCACUUGCGCCGUCUAUCUUUCUUCCUUUCACAGGAUUCUCUCCCGGCGAUGCACCUGUUCUCGAUCGGACGCAGAAGCUGCAAAAGAUCCUUCAACAUCUCCCCGAGGAGCAGGCAAUGGUCCGUGGCAACAUGAUGUUUAUGGUAAAGCAACGAGUGGAAGCUUCGAAGGCAAAUGCAAGGAAGGAGCUAGAUGAGUUGGAGGGCGACUACGAGGAUGAUUCUGGAGAUCCCAAAGAGAGGCAACGAGCCAGAUCCGAGGUUGAUGCUAUGUUUCAGAGGACGAAGAUACCUGCAAAGAAAGACGCGAAAAGUGAAGACUUCGAAGUCAAGCCCGGAGAUUUCAAGCCCCAUCACAGCAACGGAAUCGCCACUCCCGCACCAGCCGACGGAGAUGCUCUCAUGGGUGGUACUGAAGCGGACCCAAAGCCCAGAACAGCGAGGAUGGUGUGGGAGGGUCUCAGCAGAGAUUUACAGGAAGUUGUUGACAGAGCUGCCUCAGAGAUGGAAGCCUACGACAGACAUGCACAAGAGACGAUCAAUCCCUACAGGCAAGCUUUAGAGAGAAGAACUGGCAGACACAUACCAACAUCUGUUGCUACUGGCGUUAGUGGUGGGAUAUUGAGAAACAGGAACGAAGGAAGUCCGAUAGAUAUGAAUGCUAUCAGGAGAAUGUCAACGGGUAUGCCGAUUGUUGGACUACCAGCUGCCGCGCCGAACAGAUCACAUGAGAAAAUGGACGAAAUUGCUCGGAGAGGGAGCACAGGCAAGUGAGGGCGAGGAUAGGAAGCUCCACAAUAUUGCCUCAGAGGCCUGGUUUCAGUGAGUGUAAGGGCCGACAGGAUGCUGACAGGAUCCAGUCUACUUUAUGUAGCCGGUUGGACUAGACGAUGCGACGCGUCUCACCUGAAAAUUGGUGACCUAUGUACCAAACGUUGGCUUGGCCAAAUAUGGCUAAAGACUACCGUCGAUGAGGCCUGGUACUAGAGCACCGAGGGUCUCACCAGUGACGAACGGUAGACUUAGACCCAAAAUGAAAGUCCUACCCGAGUUCGCGUUCUGUUGUACUUUUUGAUAUCAACUCUCUAGACUGUCGUUGCUUCUC